UGUGUUUAGAGCGCAGGUCCACGCAGGAUUCUCCGUGGUGGCCAUUUCUACACGCAUUUUAACUUAAAUGCGCCUUUAAAGCAUAAAAACAAGUUAUACAACAAACUGGGCUGCGCGAGGUGCGGACGAGGUCCUAAAGCCCGCCGGGUUGCCUGUCAAAGACAGCGCGCGCUGUCUUGCGUCCAGAUGGUCCGGCAGCCAGCGUCAUCUACAUUUCUCGACAUCAUGGAACAUGUUCUGUUAGAGCAGGGAUAAUCCAGCCGGACCCGCACUUACAAGGACCUGCUAUAUACACCUGCAUUCUUCUUCUCGGACUGCAGACAUCAUUCAGUGGAAAACCGGUCCCGUCUGGUUGAGUAAUGGUCAUUAACACGAUCCACUGGUUCAGGAAGGGCUUGCGGCUCCACGACAACCCCUCUCUCCGGGAGUCGGUGCUCGGGGCGGAGACUGUCCGCUGCGUCUACAUCCUGGACCCCUGGUUCGCAGGAUCGUCCAACGUCGGGAUCAACAGGUGGAGGUUCCUCUUGCAGAGUCUGGAGGAUUUGGACUCCAGCCUCCGUAAACUCAACUCUCGGCUGUUUGUGAUCCGAGGCCAACCCACCGAUGUCUUUCCCCGGCUUUUCAAGGAGUGGAAGAUAACUCGUCUGUCGUACGAGUACGACUCCGAGCCGUUCGGGAAGGAGCGGGAUGCUGCCAUCAGGAAGCUGGCCUCUGAAGCUGGAGUGGAGGUGACCGUUCGUAUCUCACACACACUCUAUGACCUGGACAGGAUCAUAGAGUUAAACGGGGGCCAGUCUCCCCUCACCUACAAGCGGUUCCAGUCUCUCAUCAGUCAUAUGGAUGCCGUGGAGAUGCCUGCAGAGGCCAUUACAGCUGACAUCAUGGGGAAGUGCUCCACGCCACUGGCUGAAGACCACGAUGACAAGUUUGGGGUCCCCUCCCUGGAAGAACUGGGUUUUGACACUGAAGGCCUGUCCUCAGCGGUUUGGCCUGGAGGAGAGAAUGAGGCUCUGACACGACUGGAGAGGCAUCUGGAGAGGAAGGCGUGGGUGGCCAACUUCGAGCGUCCCAGAAUGAACGCCAACUCGCUGCUGGCCAGCCCGACGGGCCUCAGCCCAUACCUGCGCUUCGGCUGCCUCUCCUGCCGCCUCUUCUACUUCAAACUCACCGACCUGUACAGGAAGGUGAAGAAGAACAGCUCCCCUCCUCUCUCGCUCUACGGUCAGCUGCUGUGGAGGGAGUUUUUCUACACAGCUGCCACCAACAACCCCUGCUUUGAUAAAAUGGAGAGCAAUCCCAUCUGCGUCCAGAUCCCAUGGGACCGCAACCCCGAGGCGCUGGCCAAGUGGGCGGAGGGCCGGACUGGUUUUCCCUGGAUUGAUGCCAUCAUGACCCAACUGAGGCAAGAGGGCUGGAUCCACCACCUGGCCAGACACGCCGUGGCGUGCUUCCUGACCAGAGGAGACCUGUGGAUCAGCUGGGAGGAGGGCAUGAAGGUGUUUGAGGAGCUGCUGCUGGAUGCGGACUGGAGCGUGAAUGCUGGCAGCUGGAUGUGGCUCUCCUGCAGCUCUUUCUUCCAGCAGUUCUUCCACUGCUACUGCCCUGUGGGCUUUGGCCGGCGCACCGACCCCAACGGAGAUUACAUCCGGCGCUAUCUGCCCAUUCUGAGGGGUUUUCCAGCCAAAUACAUCUACGACCCCUGGAACGCUCCGGAAGCCGUGCAGAAGGCAGCGAAAUGCAUUAUCGGAGUGCAUUUUCCAAAACCCAUGGUGCACCAUGCAGAGGCCAGCCGCCUCAACAUCGAGCGGAUGAAGCAGAUCUACCAGCAGCUGUCCUGCUACAGGGGCCUGGGUCUUUUGGCUACCGUCCCAGGCAACUCCAGCGGUAAUGGGAAUAAUGAGACGUCCUCAGAUGGGUCAGGGUUCCCUGUUGAGGUUGCAGCUUCAUCUGCCUAUCAGAUGCCGGUUCACUCCCUGGGAGGCUGGCAGAGUGGUGUCAUGACGUAUCUGCAGGGUGACCCACAAACUGGAGCUGGAGCCGGGGCUCCCCAGCAGGGCUACGCAGCUGGCAGCAGUUUGGUGGGUUUCACCACCGACAGCCAGCAGAUUCACACAGGGUUUGAAGUCCAUGCCAGCGCCCAGACCGGUGGCAAACGACACAGUGAAGACUCCGGGACUCUCCGAGGCUCUAAGGUCCAGAGACAGAACCAGUAGACGGUGUCCCUGCAGACUCACAAUCAACCAAAUAAAACACAAAGACUUUGGUUUUCUACACACCACGUGUUGCAAGAACGCACCUUCAGGACGAGCCCCCAGCCUACCCUGACUCCUUCAUCAAACAUACUGGUUGGAGGAAGCGUUGCUAACAUGGAGGACUGCUGUGCUGUCACACAGGGACUAAUGUCUUCUGCACAUAUUGAAUUUGUUGCUCCAGUUUACACACAACUUGUACAUAUUUGGAUAUUGUAUGUGUAUGUGUGUGUUUUUUGUCUGUGGCCACAGACACACUGAUAUAUUUUUAUAUGAUGGAUCGUUCUGGAUGGACCUUCAGUAAAAACUCAAUGU